GCGCCCUGUUCCCGCCUCUCCAGUUAAGGCCGCUGGUGUGAGCCCGGGCUCGGCGCGAGCGAGGGACGACGGAAGGGACGGGCAGGUGUGGACGCGGGGCCACGCAGCCCGACGGCGGGAGUCGCAGGUGCUGGGUGCAUGGGCCAGUGAGGACGCACGGAGAUCCCCUCGCCGCGCAGAGGAGGAGCAGCGCGGGAGCCAGGCGCUGCCCCACGACCCUGCGUCCGAGCGAGCGGAACCUCGCGCUUCGCCCGGGGACAGUCCGAAGUCCGCGCUAUGGAAGAGGAGAAAUAUUUGCCUGAGCUGAUGGCAGAGAAAGAUAGCCUGGAUCCAUCUUUUGUGCAUGCAUCGCGCCUUUUGGCAGAAGAAAUUGAAAAAUUUCAAGGUUCUGAUGGAAAAAAGGAAGACGAAGAAAAGAAGUAUCUUGAUGUCAUCAGCAACAAAAACAUAAAGCUCUCAGAAAGAGUACUGAUUCCUGUCAAGCAGUAUCCAAAGUUCAAUUUUGUGGGGAAAUUGCUUGGACCAAGAGGAAACUCCUUGAAGAGGCUACAGGAAGAAACAGGUGCUAAAAUGUCUAUCCUGGGCAAAGGAUCAAUGAGAGAUAAAGCCAAGGAAGAAGAACUAAGGAAGAGUGGGGAAGCCAAAUAUGCCCACUUGAGUGAUGAGCUUCAUGUAUUAAUUGAAGUGUUUGCUCCACCUGGGGAAGCUUAUUCACGUAUGAGUCAUGCAUUGGAAGAGAUUAAAAAAUUCCUGGUUCCUGACUACAAUGAUGAAAUUCGUCAGGAACAACUACGUGAAUUAUCUUACUUAAAUGGCUCAGAGGACUCUGGUCGUGGCCGAGGUAUUAGAGGCAGAGGGAUCAGAAUAGCUCCCACAGCUCCUUCAAGGGGCCGUGGGGGUGCCAUUCCUCCUCCCCCACCACCUGGACGAGGUGUUCUCACCCCUCGAGGAAGCACUGUAACCCGUGGAGCCCUUCCAGUGCCACCUGUAGCAAGAGGUGUCCCUACCCCUCGAGCCCGGGGGGCACCAACAGUGCCAGGAUACAGGGCGCCUCCUCCUCCAGCCCAUGAAGCUUAUGAAGAAUAC